UACCUGUGCUGCCUGGAGAAGCGGCCGCCCCACACCUCGCAGGACGACCAAGAGGUGACAGCCUUCCUGUGGUCAUCACCUCCUGAAGCCAUUGAAUGCUUUAAAUCUGAAGAAAUAUGGUUUCCUCCACCUCAGUUCUAUGAAUUGUGUAGGCUGUGCAACUUCUCAUCACUCCAUGAGUUACACAAGUUCAGCUCUGAUCGAGCUCUAGAGGGAUGUGAACGUUGGAUGCCUGUGAUGUUAACCGCUUCAGAUGGCUACAUUCAGUUAUUGCCAGGAGAUGAGUUAUAUCCAGAAGAUCCAGAUUAUACAGGAGAAAAGAAAAUAAUCAUGUCAACAAAUAAGAGGGUUGAAGAUCUCAUGAAAGAGGGUAGUAUAUUUCACAGGAUAGUAAUAAAAACCAUCAACAAUCUUGCUGUCUAUGUUAAUAUUCAAGCAAAAUAUAAACAUAUGAAUCCAUUGAUGAUAAACUCUGAUUGUUCAGAUUACAACAGCAGAUUAUAA